AAUUCAGGUGGUGGGAUAAAUACGAGUCCUCGGCUUGAGUGAGGGUAUUACACUAAAACCUACUCCACCUGUAACUAGUCGGCCUGAUAACGAUGGCGUUCGUCGUGAAGAAACUGUCCAUAGCUCUUGAUCCGGUAAACGCCAGCAAUACGUUUACCAACGGAGACUGUCUGUCAGGCCGAGUUACUCUGGAAGUGUCGAGGGAAACUCGUAUCCAGUGUUUCUCCCUCAAAGCCAAAGGGAAAGCGUCUGUGUUGUGGUCUGAACAUUACGGGAAAUACAGCACGGUGGUCUACCACGAUAAAGAAACCGUCUUCAAAUCAGUGCAGUACUUCGUUCGAGAGGAGAAGAAUAAAGGUCAAGAUGGCUCCUCAUUGCUAACAAAUGAGGCUGGACAGUCUUACUCAAAGUUUGUUGCCCCUGGAAUGCAUGUCUACCCUUUCACUUUUCAGAUUCCCUUUGUAGACAUGCCUGCAUCAUUCAAAGGCCGCCAUGGAAAAGUUGAUUACUUUUUGGAAGCUAAGCUGUGCAGGUCAAUGCAGAUAUCCCGCAAAGCCAAGAUUCAGUUCAACUAUGUUCCCCAGGGAGACUUGUCUAUGCCUGACUUGACAAUGCCUCAGUGUGGGAAUACAGAGAAGGACAUGAAAUUCUUCUCAUCUGGGAAUGUGGCCAUGAACAUUCACACAGAGAGGAUGGGUUACCGUUUAGGGGAGGGGCUAAAGGUGCAGAUAUAUAUCGAGAACAACUCCUCUCAAAGAGUCAAACCGAAGUUCUGCUUCUACCAAAAGCAAAGCUUUUUUGCAUUGAAAAAAAGGAAACUUGCCACCAAAAAACUACUGAAAUACAAAGGUGACGCCAUUGAACCAUCAGCCAAGACGACUGUGACGAAAGUGUUGAUCAUUCCAGAAGACACCUGUGUUUCCAUCCUCAACUGCAGAGUACUUAAAGUGGAAUACAGGCUUAAGGUCUAUCUGGAUGUGAAAUUUGCUUCUAAUCCAGAAGUCAAAGUGCCAGUGGUGCUUCUUCCCCAGAAAGAAACCAGCGCUGCAGCACCUGUUGAUGUGCACAUUGGAUUUGAUUCUUGGACCAGCAGCCAGGCAGGGUGGGAUAGCUCUGCUGAUUACAGUACUGUACACAGAUUCAAGGAAAACUAAAGAGGAACACUUUUCAUAAGAGACCACUUUAAAAUGGACAAUCUUUACUGCCUAAAAGUGACUCCAGAUUUUUGACUGCUUGCGUAGUCAACUACUUGUUAUACUGUGAAAGGCCAAAAAUAUUUUAACUGUUCCUACUUUCUUCAGUUCCUCUGGUUCUUCUAAACAUGUACUCAUGUAACACCAUCAGGAACUACAGUUUCCAAUAGAAGACCACUUGGAUGUUCUCCAUGGGCUUAAACCCAUAACCUAUCCAUUUAUUCCCUAUGCCCUAUCCAUUAUUUAUUAUUAAUCGCUACAGUACUAACUGUUUGGAUUUGCUGCUGUUUUAGUGGAACUGUGGGAUGAUGCAGUUGCAUUGGUUUUAAUGUAAUUUUGUUUACAGUUUAAUACUUGUGCCUUCAUUUCUAUAGCGGUACAACUGUUAAUUUUUAAAUGCUUAAAAGAGAGAACUUUACUGCGUAUGCAAUUGUUAAAUUUUUUGUAUUGACAUGAA